AUAGAUUAUAUACAAAAUAUUAAAAAUGUUGCGAAACAGAAAGAAACAUCUAAAGCGUCUGCAAAAAUUAUUGGUAAUACUUUCAAUAUCAUGGAAUUAUUAUAUGGCAACAAGUAGUGAUGUAUUACAAAAAUUGUCAAAAGUAAAUAGAAGAUGGUGGGUGAGACCAGUUCAUUUUGAUAAAGAGAAAUGCGGCCACUAUGACAAUUUAUUCCAUUAUCUUCUGAAUGAAGAUCAUGAAUUAUUUUAUAAAGACUAUAGAAUGUCAGCAGAACAAUAUGAUCAUCUCCUCACUAUGGUACAGCCACAGUUGCAAAAGUUUUCCAAAAGGAUUCCACAUCCACCAAGUUUGCGCUUAGCAUUGACAUUAUCAUUUCUUGCUCAUGGAGACAGCGUGAGUACAACAGCAAGAGGAUUCAGAAUUGGAAAAUCUACAGCGUACGAAAUAAUUUAUGAAACUUGCAAUGUCAUCUGGAAUGUACUUCAACCAAUUUAUCUUCCGAAACCAACGGCAGAAUCAUGGAAGAACAUUGCUGAAAAGUUUUAUACAAUUUGGAAUUUUCCAAAUUGCAUCGGGGCGGUAGACGGAAAACAUAUUCAGAUCCAGUGCCCUCCUAAAACAGGAAGUCUAUACUACAAUUACAAACAAUUUUUCAGCAUAGUGCUGAUGGCUGCUGCUGAUGCAGAAUAUAAAUUUACUUGGGUCCAUAUAGGAGAUUAUGGUAGUAUGAGUGACGGAGGCGUGUGGGCUGAAUCCGCACUAGGUUCUGCUCUGGAGGACGGCUCUCUUGAUCUGCCAUUGUCAUGUUUCCUCCCCAACACAAAUAUAAUGUUUCCACAUUUUUUUGUAGGGAACGAGGCUUUUCCGCUAAAAACUUAUAUGAUGCGGCCAUACCCAAAGAGAGAUUUAGGUGGUCCUGAGCGAAUUUUCAAUUAUAGACUCUCUAGGGCACGUAGAGUAGUUGAAAAUUCUUUUGGCAUACUUACUACUAAGUGGAGAGUACUGCGACGUUCCCUGUGCUGUUCUCCUGAUAAUGCUGAAGUGAUAGUAAAAGCAUUAAUAUGCCUCCAUAAUUUUCUGCUUACUAAGGAAGGAGGUGUUGGUGGACGUUAUUGCCCUCGUGGUCUAUUAGAUCAUGAAGUUAAUGGUAUUGUUGAACCUGGUGCUUGGAGAAAUGAGAAUAACUCACCCCAUAUACAAGAAUUACAUAGAACUGGUUCUAACAAUGCUGGAAGAGCAAUAAUUAAUUUAAGGAAUGUACUUCGGGAUUAUGUAAAUAGUGACGAGGGCGCAGUUGAAUGGCAAUGGGACCAAGCUUUUCAUAAUAUAAACAUGAAUCUCAAUUGA